CCUUUUGCAUCAAUUUGACACCAUAACCGGUCGGUUAAGGCCUGGGACGGUGAAUCCAAGGACACACACGACCCGUCUGCUGAGGAGGAACAAACUGAGGAGGUGGAUUUCAGUUUGAGAAAGAGAAUAUUUACCAGGAAGUCACGAAGAGGGAACACACACAGAAGAGAGAACACACACAGAAGAGAGAACACACACAGAAGAGAGAACACACACAGAAGAGGGAACACACACAGAAGAGGGAACACACACUCCGUUUCAAACCUGGACCACCGAUAGAUUGGUGCAGGACUCCACAGUGUGAAUAAUGGAUAUUGAUCCGGAAGUGGCCCCUGGGCUGGAGCCCGCCCCCCAGGACAGGGUGAAGGACCUAAAGAGGCAGACCGACGAGGUGAUUGAUACCUUGGAACAAAACAUGAAGCGCCUGGUUAAACGAGAGGAAAACCUGGAAGGCCUCGAGUAUAUUUCCAUGGAGCUGGAGGAGGAGACCAAGGUCUUCAAGCAGACGGCCAAAAAGGUGAAGCGCUCCUACUGGUGGAAGAGCGUCAAGCUGGUCGUGGUCGUCGUGGUGGUCGUCCUCGUCGUCGUCCUCGUCAUCAUCCUCGUCAUCGUCCUGUUUGCCAAAGGGGUCAUCCCCAAACCAUAAACAACCUCACCCUCACGUAGACACACUCACACACACAGACCUGUUUGUGUUCAUUUACAUGUACAAUAUGGCUCGUACACCGUACACGAUCAUUCAAACAUACAUUCAGGGCAUUCAGCAGAUGCUUUUAUCGAAAGCGACUUACAAUAAAUCCAUUUGCCAGAGGAAAGAGAAACAACAAUAUAUCGCUGUCGGUACAGUAAGAAUGUUCCUAGAACUUUGUGGUCAGUGUACAUGGCGAAGGAUAACGCAAAGGUAGGUCUA